AUGGCGUUCCAGCAAGUUCCAGUUCGCAGUGUUGACAUCACAUCGGUAUUCUGGUCGCAGAUGCAACGCUGCUCAAAGGAGAAGACAAUUCCUGCAAUCAUCAAGGCUCAAAAGUCAUUGCAGCACUGGUACUGUUUGACCUGGAAAGAAGGCCAUGAGAUUCAACCGCAUCCAUUCUGGGAUAGUGACAUAUACAAGAUAGUAGAGGCAGCGUGCUACUUUCUCAUGAAGAACGAUGAUCCGGAACUGAUGGCGACCGUCGAAGAGGCCGUCGACAUGAUUCGCGCUGCACAGCUGUACGUGACCGGUGGAAUUGGUGCGAUGCGGCAGUGGGAAGGAUUUGGCGGCAAGUAUGUGCUAGGCGAUACAGAAGAAUCUGGCACAUGUUAUGCAGAGACAUGUGCAUGCUUUGCCCUUGUCCUCUGGUGUCAACGGAUGCUCCAACUCGAACUGGAUGUCAAAUACGCGGACGUCCUGGAGAUUGCCCUGUAUAACGGGUUUCUCGGCGCGGUUGGUCUAGACGGCGGGUCUUUCUAUUACGAAAACCCGUUGAGGACUUAUUGUGGUCAUCAGAAAGAGCGAAGCAACUGGUUUGAAGUGGCCUGCUGCCCGCUCAAUGUUGCCAAGCUGCUUGCGUCUAUGGGAUCGCUCAUCUACUCGAUAAGAGCAAACAUUGUCGCCAUCCACCUCUACAUUGAAAGCGAAAUCUCAGUUCCCGGCACGGAUGUUGUGGUCUCCCAAACAACGAGCAUGCCUUGGUCGGGAGACGUCCAGGUCAUGGUCAAGGGUACAACGGCACUAGCUUUGCGGAUUCCCACUUGGGCGGAAGGAUACACGAGCUCUGUCGAAGGAGAGGUCAGAUCAGGUUAUCUGUACAUUUCUGAGGCCGAAAACUUGGAAGUCAAGCUAUCCUUCAAUGUCAAGGCGCGGAAGAUAUAUCCCAACCCAGCAUUGGGAAAGGAUGAGAUUUGUAUCAUGCGUGGACCGUUGGUAUACUGCAUUGAAGGCGUCGAUAACGAUGUGGAUAUCGACCAUGUCGGUGUAUUAGACGAUUCUCUAAGUGAUGCGGAGCCGAUUGACAUUGCCGCAGUAAAGGGCGUGAUUCCAGUCCGGGCAACGGGAAGGGAAGUGGUGAAAGGCAAGCCCGAGCUCUAUGCGCCAAAUCCAUGGAAGUACGGCGAUGAAAAGAGCCUGCUGUACGUGCCAUAUUUCCUGCGGGCAAAUAGAGGAGGCAAUGGUGGAAUGACGUGGCCGAGCUGA